AUGCACGCCGAAAGUAUACUCCGUCUCCUGCUCAUGUCCGAAUGGAACAAUAUCAACGUUCCUAAACAACAAGCACAACAAACUGCCAAUAAUCACUCAACAAACAGCAAUAAUAAAAGAAGACCUGAUGGUCAAAGCAAAGACAACAAUUUGCUCAGCGCUCAUCCUCCAAUAAUACUCCGCCAGCAAAUCGGUAUCGCAAAAAGACAACUGCGAAAAGCACUUGAAGAGUCACAGACUGAGCACGCCGAAGAAGUUCAAAUCCAACAACUCAAGGAUGACGAUAUACUAGCCGCAUAUGAAGAACAUACGUCGGCGCACGACUCUCUGCAUCGCCUGUAUUCGCGUCUCGACCGUGUACGGAAACAGUGGCAGGGUCUACUACGAACCAAUCUAGAAGAAGAAGAUAUUCUGCAACAGUACAUCACAAAAUAUGGCGACUUCCUUCUUCUACUCAACGAUGCCGUCUCUACAUUGGAAAGACUCGAUCACGAGCGACCGCUUAUCCAAAAAGGAACUAAGAAAAAGGGACUUGAAUUUCGAGCCUCCACUUUGAGAGGACGAACACUGCAGACCAUCAAAGGACUCUCCAUAGCUGCUACCAACUACCCAAUUGCAGUCGAAAUCCUGAAGAAUCACUUCGAUGACCGCGUGACAACACGUCACAUCCUCUACACUCGUCUAGCUUCUCUACCACCUUACGACAAAGACGGACGUAACCUCUUUGCACUUUACUCGCAAAUGUACGCUCUCGUACGACAAUUCACUACAUACAAAGAUGACUCAAAAGAAUACGCGCUCGGAGCCAUCCUGCUGAAUAAGCUUCCACGUCGCAUCCGCAGCCGCAUUUACGACGGAGGCAAAAACCAAGAGAAUCUUGUACCGACGGAACUUCUGAGGAUACUAACCAAAAUUGUCAGAAAGGAGACAACACUCGAAGAAAUGGAGGACCAUCGCGACUACACCAAUGAACUUCAUAUGAACGCAUCGUACCAGCGUCACUACAAGACGAAUACGAUACCCAAUACAGAGGAGCCCAAAUUCUCGGCAGUAAGAGGAAAACCUAAAGGAGUAAAAAAAGACCAGUCAAUUCUGCGGAAGCGGUGCACACACCUCCUUCACGUGUUCAACGUAUUCUUCUCCAAGAGAACGCUUGAAGCAAUCAGAAAUGAACACGAUGAGCAAAUUCAUACGAACAACACGGAAAGGACGCAAGAGAUCCAGGGCCUCAGAAGAAGACCGUUGCAGGAAGAAGAAAAUUCACAAUUGUCUCAUUCCUACGCAGCAGAGGUGUUCAAUUCAGACAUGAAGAGCAACGAAACCCUCCUGCUGUGUGUGCAGGUAACGCUAUUCAACUCUGCUCAACCGCAUGAACGUAUCAACACCUUCGCCUUUCUCGACAGUGGCUGCUCCUCAACUUUCAUCACGAACUACAUUGCCAGAACACUUCACCUUCAAAUCGAAAAUGAACAGGAAAUUUCACUUCAAACCUUCGCCGCAGCUGGAGCGCAAACGCAUUCAUCUAGUAAUGUGAAAGGAGGACUUAUCUUGGAGAACUACGAGACGGAGAUAUUGAACGCCAAAACUCUGGAAUUCCUCAACGAGAAGAUAGAAAUGAAGCUCAUGAAUCCAUAUGGACGAGACGACCAUCACACAUGGACGACCGAAGAACCACCUGGUAUAGUUAUUGGAAAUGACUACUUCUGGGAGCUCGUACUCUCCAACAACUUCUACAUGAAGACACUACCGAAUGGAUACAAUCUCAUCCACACGCGACUGGGCAACAUCAUGAGCGGAAAACCUCUCCAGAAUCACCAGUCUUUCAUGGCCUUGAGCGACAUCAGAACUCUCGAAAAUCCGCUACAACACCAGAAACUAGAGGAACUAGUGGAAAAAUUCUGGUCACUCGAAUCAGCUGGAAUAUCCGACGAUGUCUCCCGCAGCGAUGAUGACAAGUGCCUUCAAGAAUUCAACGAUACCAUUUACUUCGAUUUCGAUGAGGGACGUUACAUGGUUCGUCUACCAUUCAAGGAAGACAUCUCUGAAUUAUCGAACAAUUUCGAUCUGGCCAUCUCUCGCCUCAGGAGCACCGUGGCAACGUUAAGCAAACAACCAGGGCUUCUAGAAAGACAUCACAAUAUCAUAGUGGAGCAACUGGAAAGAGGAAUCAUCGAAGAAGUUGACGACAACGACAAUACGAGACCGUGUCACUAUCUUCCACAUCAUGGAGUAAUAUCGGAAACAAGCAAAAACAAGAAACUCAGGUGCGUGUACGAUGGAUCCGCCAAAACGAAAGGGAGAAGGAGCCUUAACGAAGUUCUCUACAGAGGACCAGUACUCCUCCCAGAAAUGGCCGGUAUUCUCCUUCGAAUUCGCUUUAUGGAAAUUCUACUCAUUGGCGAUAUUGAAGAGGCGUACCUCAUGGUAGGCCUGGAUGAAGACAGCAGAAAUUUCACCAGAUUUCUGUGGCUUCGCGACCCUUCGCUAGGAAUGCAAGAAGGCAAUAUCGUCACCUAUGUCUUCAAAAGGGUAACCCUCGGUCUCAUUACUUCACCGUUUCUUCUUGCAGGAACGAUUCAUUACCACCUAUGCAACUACAAUACCCCUCUAGCUCAGAAGAUCCUGCGCAACAUCUAUGUGGAUAACCUCUUCCUCGAAGCCACCAAUAUUGACGACGAAGAAAUAUUCAGGCAAGCUGGUAUGAAUGUUCGAGAGUUACCCAGCAAUGACUCAUCUUUCAACAAGUUUCUGGAAAAAGCCGAACGUACACCAGUUGACAAAACGAUGAAGAUAUUAGGACUUCAAUGGGAUACUGAAGCAGACAGCCUCAUCCACGGAACUGAACACCACAUGGACGAAAAGGAAGGUGCUCAAACAUGUUGCAAGCAUAUACGAUCCUCUUGGAUGGGUAUCCCCAUCAACUCUCAUUGCAAAAGCAUUCGUCCAGAAACUGUGGAAAACUCAACUCCCAUGGGAUGCAGUACUACCAUAAGAACUCUCUAA